CAGUCUCAGUAAAAUUCAGAGUCCUUAUUUUGACUACAAGAAGGACAUGAUGUGCUCCCCACUCACCAGCCCUGCUGGCAUUACCUUUUUGACCUCAUCUCCUACUGUUCUCCCUUUCCUUCACUCUGUUCCAGCUACAUAGCCAUCUUGCUGUUUUUGGAAAAUAUCAGGCACACAUGUGCCUCAGGUCUUUGUACUUGCUGAAUGCUUCUAGAACAUUACCUGGCAUGUAGUAAGUACUCAAUAAAUAUUGAAAGAUGUAUGCACCCAUGAAUUGGUUUCUACCACAGACAAGGCAGUAUGCUAAGCAUAGUAGAGGAUACAAAGACGGUUAAAGGCGAGUGUACUGAUGUUUGAGGGUGCACAGCAGAAUAUACUAAUAGAAGAGAAAGAUACGCUUGCCAUUUUGAUAGAGGCAGUAUCAGGUGAGUGUCACAUCUGUCCUCUUAAGAACCAACUCAGCCAGGAAAGCAAAGCAAUAAAACAUGAAUGGAAGAGCGGAUUAUUUGGUCACUGAAGAAGAGAUCAGUCUUACCAGAGGACCUACAGGGCUGGGCUUCAACAUCGUCGGUGGGGCAGAUCAGCAGUAUGUCUCCAAUGACAGUGGGAUCUUCGUCAGCCACAUCAAAGAGAAUGGGGCUGCAGCCUUGGAUGGGCGGCUCCAGGAGGGUGAUAAGAUCCUCUCGGUGAAUGGCCAUGACUUAAAGAAUCUGCUGCACCAGGAUGCUGUAGACCUCUUUCGUAAUGCAGGCUAUGCUGUGUCCCUGAGAGUGCAGCACAGAUUACAGGUGCAGAGUGGACCUGUAGGACGCCGAAAUGAAGGAGAGCCAAGUGGCAUCCCCAUAGUCAUGAUGCUAGUGCCGGUGUUUGCCCUCACUGUGGUAGCAGCCUGGACCUUCAUGAGAUACUGACAACAACUUUGACAAGCUCGCUUUCCUGCAGUGCCCCUGAUGAAGAUACAUUUCUCUCUUUCUGUCAUCCUCCUCCCUUAAAUCCUCCCAUAUCUUUCCCUCUCUCUGCAUAGCCAACACAUGAUUUAAAGUGACUGAUACCCACCCAGAACUUGCUGUUCAAAAUAUGCUUGAAAUCCUCAGAUCCUAAUGGAGAGUAAAGGUGUUGUUUGAAGAAAAGCCAAGAAAAGACUUGCUGAGAACAAAUGAAGAGUUAUAUUUUUUACCAGGGCCAGCAAUAGAAGUUCAGCUACCACCCAAAGAAAGCAAAGUCCAGUCUUCCCAUCACCAUGGAUGAUAACUUUUUUCUUAGCUGACAUUCCUCAAAAGCCAGCUGUAUGAGAUGAGAAGAGAGGAUUUUUUUUUAGUGAUCUUUCUUGGGAAGUUUUUGUGGCCUUUUAAAAUUUCUUUCAACUACACACCUGGGUGCCUGUGUCAAACACAAGAGAAUAAGAAAGGGAACAUUCUCACUUUCUUAAAAAAGUGAAUACAUAUAUAUAUAUAUAUAAUAUGUAUAUUUGAAUGUAUACUCACAUGUGAUAAUAGUGAUGCUUUAUGAAGCAUUAAAAAGAUGAGUAAGCUCCUCUACUUUCUAGAUUUCAUUAGGGAUGAUCGUAAUUGAAGAAUUUGAAGAGAUUUUUAGAGCAUUUAUAGUAGGAGUGAGGGCGUGACCCUUAAAGAAGAUGCCCAAUAUGAGUCAUUGAAAAAAAAAAACUGAAGCAACUAACAAAAAUCUUGAAUGAAUAAUAUUUCUUCUCAUAAUAACUAAUGGUGAA